AUGCCCACCGUCCAUCUGCUCGACUAUGUUGCUGGGAAUGUCCGUUCGUUGGUGAAUGCAAUUAACAAAGUUGGGUAUGAUGUUGAAUGGAUCAGAACCCCCGAAGACCUGAACAAUGCAGAUAAACUUAUACUGCCCGGAGUUGGCCAUUUCGGCCAUUGCCUCUCCCAGCUUUCAGAAGGUGGAUAUCUAGAUCCAAUAAAGAAGCACAUAGAUUCCGGGAAACCUUUUAUGGGGAUCUGUGUGGGCCUACAAGCACUAUUUGAAGGAUCCGAGGAAGACCCAGACGUCCCUGGGCUGGGGGUGAUACAAAAGCGAAUGCAAAAGUUCGAUGACAGUGCGAAGAGUGUACCUCACAUAGGUUGGAAUUCUGCCAUGAACACCAGUGUUGGUCCAUUAGGAGCUCAAAGUUUCUGUGGAUUGAACCCAGACAGCAAAUACUACUAUGUUCACUCUUAUGCAGCAUUUUACACACCUGGUGUGCUGGAGAAAGAUGGUUGGUCAGUCGCUACAGCCACAUAUGGAGAGGAGGAAUUUAUAGGUGCGAUAGCAAAGGGAAAUAUUUUCGCCACGCAGUUCCAUCCAGAGAAGAGUGGUCAGGCUGGCUUGCGGACUAUCCGUGCUUUCUUGAAUAGUGACCAGAUGCAGUCGCCUGCGCCAGACACAUCGGUCUCGGCCGAGAAGAAAUACGGUUUGACUCGCAGAGUUAUUGCUUGUCUCGAUGUCCGCACGAACGAUUCGGGUGACCUCGUCGUCACGAAAGGCGAUCAAUAUGAUGUACGCGAGAAGGACGGCGUGAAUUCUGGAGGCCAGGUGAGGAACUUGGGAAAGCCAGUCGACAUGGCUAAAAAGUAUUACGAGCAAGGGGCAGACGAAGUGACCUUCCUGAACAUAACAUCAUUCAGAAACUGUCCAGUGGCAGACACACCUAUGCUGGAAGUAUUGAGAAGGGCAUCCGAAACCGUUUUCGUACCUCUCACGAUUGGGGGUGGAAUCAAGGACACCAUUGAUCCAGAUGGCACCUGCAUCUCGGCCCUUGACGUCGCCACCAUGUAUUUCAAAUCUGGAGCGGAUAAAGUUAGCAUUGGUUCGGAUGCUGUUAUUGCAGCCGAGCAAUAUUACGAAGCCGGCGAAAAACUGUCUGGGAAAACUGCCAUAGAGACAAUAUCAAGUGCAUAUGGAAACCAAGCUGUGGUUGUGAGCGUCGAUCCUAAACGCGUAUACGUCAACAGUCCUGAAGACACCAAGCAUCAUACCAUCAGGACAAAAUAUCCGAAUGCCUCAGGGCAAAACUUUUGUUGGUACCAAUGCACCAUCAAAGGUGGCAGAGAGGCCCGGGACUUGGAUGUUCGGCAGUUAGCAAAAGCUGUCGAGGCCAUGGGUGCUGGGGAACUACUUUUGAAUUGCAUUGACAAAGAUGGAAGUAACAGCGGCUUUGAUCUAGAACUAAUUAACGACGUUAAAACAGCCAUCAAAAUACCAGUCAUUGCCUCAAGUGGGGCCGGAAAUCCUGGGCACUUUGCGGAAGUUUUCGAGCGUACUGCUACAGAUGCGGCAUUGGGCGCUGGCAUGUUCCACCGUGGUGAAUACACUGUUAGCGAGGUCAAAGACUAUUUAAGUGGCCAAGGGUUUUUGGUUCGCAAACCUGAGACUGACAUUUAA